AUGUGCCCUGCCAUCGCCCAGAAACUCCGGGCCCGAGUCCAGCAAGAGUUCGAGAUUGCCAAGACCUCACUGACGAUCAACCCCGCGUUUCUCGAGUUGUGGCGGCACAAUUUGUUCGUUGCAAGUGCGGACAACCCCUUCAUUAUCGGGUACACGCCAGAAUCCUCGUACGCGUCGAUUGUUUUCGAGUGCAUAUUCAAGACCAUACUCGAGCAUCACGGCCGGCCAAUUCUAGUAGUCUCCGAGAAGGCUCUGCACGUGAACUAUCAGAACCAUCCGGACGUAUUUAUCUUCUCCAUAUUCGAUGCAGACUGUGACCCAAUGUCGAACCCUGGAUGCCCAGAAAUGAUCGCGCACUAUAUGGAUCAGUACUUGCUCCCGGUGGAUUCUUCCUCGAAGUUGAUGAUGAUAUCUGGUGAAGCCAUCGACACCCAAGCUUUGGAUGAUCGAGUCCCUUUGCUAUCCUCAGUCUCCAGUGUUACACGAACGCAGCACGUGUACUUACCCGUGGUUAGUAUUUCGUUCGCAGAGAGACUGCAGCAUAUUCCCCUGGAUCUACUGACCCCAGCACCACCCGAUCCCAUCAGCCGCCGGUUCUGUGCGUACUUGUACGCGCGCUGUGAGAGGCCGCACCGGGAGCGCAUGUUUGAUCUAUUGAACGCUUUGGAACCGGUCGAUGCGCUGGGGAUAUGCGCAGGGUCAUCAAGACCGCCGGAUAAAGCGUAUAAAGCAUCUCGCUACUUCAAAUGGUUCAACGAUGAGGCCAUCGCCUCGUACCAGCGCUACAAGUUCGUGGUCGCGUUCGAGAACUCGGCUGAGCCCGGGUACGUGACGGAAAAGCUCGCGAAUCCUUUGCUGGCGGGUAGUAUCCCCAUUUACCUGGGCAACUCGACUACUGCUUCGGAGCUAUUUAAUCCUGACAGCUACAUCGACUGUGGGCGCUUUGGCAAACUGGAAGAAUGCGCCGAGUUUGUCGUUCGCGUCCACAACUCCCCAGAGCUGUAUGCGAAAAUGCGGAAUGCACCUCCGAUACGAAAUAUGACGGCGUUCACUGAAGCCUUCUCGUGGCACCCUUCAGUUCCAAGCCGGGGUUUAGCGGAUAAAGUGGCUAAAAUGCUUUUCCUAAAUACUUCUAAGUAG